AUGGAACAUGAAAAUGAUAUAGCAAAAUUUAUGAAAGGCCAGCUUAAUACGCCGAAGGAAGAAAUUGCUUGUUUUGUGAACCGUAUAGAUAAUCCUGGUCCAAUAUGGAAUUCUGAAAAUGUCUUAGAAUAUUACCUUAAAGAACUUGUCAAACAAAUAUUAGCGGUUGCAGUGGCUAAUCGUGUAACAUUCUGGAUCCUAAGACCCUUAAAUCAACCUCAAUUCGUUGCUGAGCUUCUUGCUGCUUUCGUGAUAAAUAUAUAUAUUCCCCUAAAGAAAAAUCCCAACACAAUCUUUGGAUAUAUACUACGUAUAAAGGGACUCCUUAGUUUUGAGUCUAUAGCACAAUUGGGUAUCAUCUUCUAUGUCUUUGUCACUGGCUUAGAGAUGAACUUAGACUCAGUACUAAGAGCAAGAAAAAAGGCAUCAAGCAUUGCAAUUGUUGGAACAAUUAUUCCAAUAUUAUUUGGACUUGGAACAUAUUUUUUGGUUGGGAAAACCAAAGGAUAUGAUGAGAAUUCAUAUAUGAACCGUAAUGCUUAUUUAUUAUGGUCAUUAGUUGUUACUAUCACAAGUUUUCCAGUGGUGGCCCACAUUCUUUCAGAUCUUAAGAUUCUUUAUACUGGACUUGGAAAAGUGGCAUUAACAGCAGCUACAAUGAACGACUUUAUCAAUUGGGCAAUGUUUAUAUGUCUUAUACCAUUUAUUAUUAAUGGUAUAAUUGGAAUAGUAUCAGUGAUAUUAACCAUAUUGUUUGCUCUUUUUUGUUACUUUGUGUUACGCCCUCCACUCAACAAAAUAAUAGUAAAAAAAACAGAUGAAGAUAAAUGGGAUGCAUACCAAUUAACCUAUGUAUUAGUUGGUGUUAUUGCAUGUGCAACUGUUACUGAAUUUCUUGGUACACAUUCUGUUGUUGGAGCAUUGAUUUUUGGGUUAAUUCUUCCACGUGGAAAGUUUACAGACAUGUUGAUUGAACAAACAGAAGAUAUUGCAUCAGGUUAUUUGGCACCAUUGUUUUUUGCAAGUAUAGGUUUGAGAAGUAAUACCUAUUUUCUUUAUUUGUCUCUUAGUCAAAAUAUGUUGUUGGUUUGUGUUAUCAUGAUCUUGUUGAUUUCUUCCAAGAUUGUGAGCACUGUAGUUGCUACAAGUAUAUAUGGAAUGUCUCUUAGAGAUAGUAUGGCUCUUGGAGUGCUCAUGAAUACAAAAGGUGUCUUAUCAUUGAUUGUACUAAACAUUGGAUGGGAUAGAAAGGUUUUGGGUCCGCAGGCAUUUACAAUUAUGGUGUAUAGUAUAUUUUUUAUGACAUUUGUAGUAGCACCUAUCAUCAAUGCAAUGUAUAAACCAAGAGCUACAUUUGAGCAAAACAAGCUAAGGACAAUAGAGAAUUUGAGAGCUGCUUCUGAGAUUAGGAUUAUGGCUUGUGUACACAAUGCUCGCCAUGCCAAUGGAAUGAUCAAUAUUCUUGAAGCUUGCAAUGGCACAACUGUUUCGCCUUUACGUGUGUUUGCACUUCAACUUGUUGAACUCAAAGGACGUUCAACUGCACUUCUAGUUGCACAAAUGGACCAACAAGAACAGCAACUUAGUACAGUAUCACAAACCCUAGACCAAUCAUCAGAAACAAAUAAUUACUCAUCUAACCAUAUCACUAAUGUUUUUGAAGAAUAUGCAUCCAACAAUGCUAACACUCAUGUGGAAAAUCUUGUUGCUAUGUCAUCAUUUUCGACGAUUCAUAAAGACAUAUACAAUUUAGCGUUGGAGAAACAAGCGUCGUUGGUUUUGCUCCCGUUUCACAAGCAGAAUUCAAUGGAAGGUUCUCUAGAAGUAAUGAAUACCGUGAUCAAAGACAUAAACCAAAAUGUGAUGCAAGACGUGCCUUGUUCGGUUGGAAUCUUUGUUGAUCGUGGUCAGCACUCGGCUUUAAUCAAGACCAAAAUGCGUAUUCUUAUGAUUUUCAUUGGUGGAUCUGAUGAUAGAGAAGCGUUAGCAAUUGCUUGGAGAAUGUCGAAGCAUCCGUGGACAAUGCUUACUGUGGUGAGGAUUAUUUUGUGUGGUAAGACCGCCGAAGUUGAUUCCUCAGUGAAUAAUGAAGCACUUGGACUAUUAACAGCUGUUUUAGAUAGUGGAAAGCAAAGAGAGUUGGACGAAGACCGUGUAGGUUCGUUUCGACUUAAGGCAGUGAACAAUGAGGAUACUAUAACUUAUGAAGAAAGAGAAGUGCAUACUGGUGAAGACAUUCCUAUAGUGCUUGAAGAAUUGGACAAAUUAGGGUUUGAUCUAUAUAUUUUAGGUCAUGGAAAAGGAAGAAACUCUUUGGUUUUGACAGAAUUGUUGGAAUGGGCUGAUUGUCCUGAACUUGGUGUUAUUGGUGACAUGUUAGCAUCAAAUAGUUUUGGUUCAAAUUCAUCAAUACUUGUUGUGCAACAAUAUGGAUUUGGAGGAGUAGAUUUCAAGACUGAUCCUUCUAACAAAGAAAAUUCAAGCAAUGGUGAUCUUGAGUCAAUGUUCCGAAAGGCAGUCUGA